AUGUCGCUCAAUACCCCGAUGAGCUUUCUUCCCAGCGAGAGUGAUUUCAUGAGUGUUUCGGAAGGCAGUCAGAGCCCAAGAACCAGACUUGGAUCCAAAGCCAGUCUUCCUGCAACCCCACUCGAGCCUUCCGUUUUGCGCACCGCCACAGUCGAGUCAAUCAUCCAGCGCAAUCACUACCGCCACGCAAAGGUUGAGCUCGGGCUCUAUCUUCUCCUUGACUCGGAUCCUGCGCAAGACAGCAAAAAUCUGCCUCCCUUUGCAGGACACCAAUCCUCAUCCCCUACUGGCAACUACUGGAUCGAUUCCUCGGAGUCAGAAACCUCAAUUUCUUUCAAUGAUCCAAACGAUAUACCCUCCCACCUUUACAACCCUCCGCGUCUGCCAAUGAUGCAAUUGCUCAAGAACUGGUGGCGAUACCGUUAA